AUGCCACGCACCAAAAUGACGGCUCCGAGAGCUACUGGCGGGCUUGCCCCUCGUAAGGGGUUUCCAGCCAAAAUUUCACUACUAGUGCGGCGGCCUGAGAUGGAGAACCUGCCUCAUGGCAGCCUUCAAGUUGCGAAGGCCGCUACUGGUGGCGCAGUACCACCUCAAGUCCAAGAAAUGGCGCGUUCUUACUCAGUCGCGGUUGUUCAGCCAGAACUAUUCAGAAACGAAUUUUGUAUGCUUUGCCAAGAUGGCGCACGCGACGGACAUUGCAUCUACGAAUGUGAUGAGGAUGGCUGCCCUCGUGGCAUCUGCACUGGCUGCAUAUUAAUCCCGGGUAGCUCCCUGAAAGAGGUAAUGCAGCCCACUGUUGUAUUUCGCUGUAUCCAUUGUCAUACGGCCCGCGAUAAAACAUCGGGGGAGGUCACACCGUACUAUGGAUUCUAUUUGAAUGGCAAACCCAUCCUCCCGUCAUUCUUGCCCAUCGUUGGCCACUUGGAAUUUUCCAAACGUUCCGAAAUAUCCGCAAUCCCCGUCCUAAUAAUUCAUUUCAAAAUUGUCGGCUCUGAAACUACCGCGACCCCCAUCAAUACGGUCCACUCAUACCUUUCGCCGUACUUCUCGAAUGGCGGUCUCCGCCUCGUCGAUGUAGAGUUUGACCUCGGUACUGCGCGAAAAAGGGAUGCAUACUCUGAGAAGUGUGAGACACUCGUGAAACAGGUAAUGGGGGACCGCAGCUACCAGAUUGUGUGUAUUGCGAUCACUAAUCAUACAAACGACGAAAACGGCGACCCCUUUCUCGGAUACGACAAAGAAACCAAAGGCAGCUAUAUCGCCACCACUGUUCCUGACUUCAUCGAUACUCUGCUCGACCCAUGGAGCAAGGUGCUUCAGUCUGCGAAGAACACUACGCUGUUUUUCUUCGGAUGUGGAGCCCUUGUUAAUUACCCCGAAAGUUUUGGUGGUUUGAGUUCGUCUGCUGGCCGUCACAAGCUUACGUCCAUAGUGGCAUUCACCGCCAAGCACUUCCAUCCAUCCAUCACCUGCCACUUCCUGACGACAUUUGCUCAGCUCGUACUUAUCGAGCGUUUUACCCUGCGCGAAGCUUUUCCUAGUAUCCUCGAACAAUCAGGACUGGGGAUGCACACCGAGGUCAUUCUAAUGACCAUGCCAAUGAUCCCGUCUUCGGACAACAACCCAGAGUGCACUCGUUUCUCCUUCGCCCACGCGAAGGCCCGUCCGUGGGGAUGUACACUUCCCAUGCAGUGUGCCCAGUGUGGGUGUCCGACUGUGUGGAAACGAAUCAAGGCCAACGCCUCGGAGAUGUCUGCGACCUUUCAGUGUUCAUUCAAAGGCUGUGGCAAAGGGGCUGACGGCAGACGAUCUUUUCCCGCAUCCACCUACACCUGCAAGGCUCCAAAGGGCUCAAAGUUGCUUCCGGGGAAAAGACGAGAUGUCGCGUGGUUAGAGAUUCCUGUUCAUCCUGCAACUGGCUUGUUGCGGCACGCAGAGUGA